UCGCAAAGGCCGUGUUUCGGAGGCGAGUGAGCGACUCGUCUUCCGCGCGGUGCGGCGGCGACGGAGGCCCUGGUUUUCCUCCUCCUGCCGCGGGGCCGGAGCCCCUGACGGUGUCCAGCUGCGCUUAAGUUUGGCCGGUGCCACCUGUCUCCGCAAUGCCCCCCAAGAAACAGGCUCAGGCCGGGGGCAGCAAAAAGGCGGAGCAGAAAAAGAAGGAGAAGAUCAUCGAAGACAAAACUUUUGGUCUAAAGAAUAAGAAAGGAGCAAAGCAACAGAAGUUUAUCAAGGCUGUCACUCAUCAAGUUAAAUUUGGUCAACAAAAUCCACGUCAGGUAGCACAAAGUGAAGCUGAAAAGAAAUUGAAGAAGGAUGACAAGAAGAAGGAAUUGCAGGAGCUAAAUGAACUAUUCAAACCUGUAGUUGCUGCUCAAAAAAUAAGUAAAGGUGCAGAUCCCAAGUCCGUGGUAUGUGCAUUCUUCAAGCAAGGACAGUGUUCUAAAGGAGAUAAGUGUAAGUUCUCUCAUGACUUGACUCUGGAGAGAAAAUGUGAAAAGCGAAGUGUUUACAUUGACGCAAGAGAUGAAGAACUUGAAAAAGAUACCAUGGAUAAUUGGGAUGAAAAAAAACUGGAAGAAGUAGUGAACAAGAAGCACGGUGAGGCGGAAAAGAAAAAACCAAAAACUCAAAUAGUAUGCAAGCAUUUCCUUGAAGCUAUUGAAAACAACAAGUAUGGCUGGUUUUGGGUAUGCCCUGGAGGGGGUGAUAUGUGCAUGUAUCGUCAUGCACUUCCUCCUGGAUUUGUGUUGAAAAAAGAUAAAAAGAAAGAAGAGAAAGAAGACGAAAUUUCAUUAGAAGACCUCAUUGAAAGAGAGCGUUCUGCCCUAGGUCCAAAUGUUACCAAAAUCACUCUAGAAUCUUUUCUUGCAUGGAAAAAAAGGAAAAGACAAGAAAAGAUUGAUAAACUUGAGCAAGAUAUGGAAAGAAGGAAAGCAGACUUCAAAGCAGGGAAAGCACUAGUGAUCAGUGGUCGUGAGGUGUUUGAAUUUCGUCCUGAACUGGUCGAUGAUGAUGAUGAGGAAGCAGAUGAUACCCGUUACACGCAGGGAACAGGUGGUGAUGAGGUUGAUGAUUCUGUGAGCAUAAAUGACAUAGAUUUAAGCCUGUACAUUCCAAGAGAUGUAGAUGAGACAGGUAUUACUGUAGCCAGUCUUGAAAGAUUCAGCACGUACACUUCAGAAAAAGAUGGCCUUACUGAUUUCUGUUUAUAUUUAGAAAACAAAUUAAGUGAAGCUUCUGGAGGUAGGGCUGAAAAUGGGGAAAGGAGUGACCUGGAAGAGGACAACGAAGGGGAGGAACAGGAAAAUGGAGCCAUCGACGCUGUUCCUGUUGAUGAAAACCUUUUCACUGGGGAAGAUUUGGAUGAACUAGAAGAAGAAUUAAACACACUUGAUUUAGAAGAAUGACACCAAACAAGUUAAGGAAAAAAUUAAGUCAGCUCAGCAUGAGUUGAAAUUGACUACAUUAAUUUUUUUCCAUCUUGAAUUCUUCAACAGGAUAUGUUUAUUUACACCAUGCUGAUUCUGGAGGGCUUACCCUCUCCAAAAAAGGAAUGUUCUCCCUACGUCUUCUCUUCUUACUUUGACUACAUCUCAUAGUAAGUUCAGAGUAGUUCAUGAUAAAUUGAAAUAUAAUGGUCAUUUCAGAAAAUGGUUGCUUGUUGUAACUGUCCUCUCAAGUAGGAAGUGUAACUGCCUUUCCAGCUUUUGAUUUUCAUUGGGCAUGUGUUAUUACCAGAAACAACAUAAACUUAAAUAUAAAAUAUCCUUCAUUUAAUGCAGUUUUAAUGAGUGAUUUUAUUUCCUUUGUAUUUAUGUAUUAAAAAGACUGCCUAAAAUAUGAACACUGUACUUCAUAAAGGAAAUUGCAUAUGCAGAUUCAGUGUUGUAUAUCUUUGGACAAUUAGAUGGGCAUUUGAAAUGAAACUCCUUUGAUCUGACAGGAUCAGCUGUGAUAGUGUGUUUUAAACUGUUUCAACUUGUCUCUCUUCCUUUUUGCCAAUAAAGUUGUAAAUAAAGACCAUCAUACAUUAAAAUCCAAAUAUGGGCACUUUUUUUUUAGUUUUUCUGUCUUCUUAAAAUUUUUAGCUGUAGGAUUUUAACUAAAUAUCUGUUAUGGUUAACUGUCACAGAAGGAGCUCUCUAAUUCUUACUGCAGAAGCAUGUAGAGUACUUGUCAGUAGUACUGUGAGUUUCAUAGCACUAAUACAUAACAUCCAAAAGCCACUAUGGAUAAUGUUAUAUAAGAGGAUAAUUCCUGAAUAUUUAAGAGGAUAAUUCCUGAAUUGAUAAAUUUUAAACCAAAUAUUAUGUUCAGUUUAAUCAAAUACUAAACAGUCGUUGAGAUCUAUGGUGUUAGAAAAUUUCAUACUAAAGUUUGAUUACUCUGCUUGAAAGAGUAUAAACAAAUUCAUAAAACAUUGUUCUGAGGGUCUUUGGCACUGAGAUCCCCUGAAAAAUUAUGGUGAUUAAGUUUAAAAUGGACAUAAUUUGCUAAUGACAUAUGUUGUACUAGUUAUACUUUAUUUUGUCAUUUUUAUCUAGUAUAUUUCAAAUAUUAAUAUAGUGCUUCUUUGUUAUUUGCAAGUAUAAAUGGAUUUUAAGGCAACUAAGUCCCGAUGGCAGCAGGUAGGAGCAGGUUAAGUCCCUGGGUGGUGCAGUUAACAUGCUCAGCUGGUAACUGAAAAGUUGGAGGUUUGAGUCCAUACAGAGGUGCCUCAGAAGAAGGGCCUGGCAGUCUACUUCUGAAAAAUCAGCCACUGAAAACCCUAUGAGCACAGUUCUAUUCUGACAAACAUGGGGUCUCCAUGAGUUAGGAUCAACUCGAUGGCAUCUGGUUGCUGGUAAAGAUAAUAGCACUAAAUUAGAUGUCAGGUGACCUGGGCCCUAAACCUCAUCUCUGCCCCCCAAAAAACAAACCCAUUGCUGUCAAGUCAGUUUCAACUCAAAACAACCCUACAGGACAGGGUAGAGCUGCCAGAUAGCAUUUCCAAAGAGCAGCUGGUGGAUUUGAACUGCCGACCUUUUGAUGAGCAGCCAAGCUCUUAACCACUGUGCCUCAGAGAAGUGUGAUUUUUAAAUCUCUGAGUCUUAGCUUCUUUGCUGCAAAUAAAGGUUAAACUCAAUCUUCAAAGUACUUCUAAAUAGUGAAACCAAAGAAAACAUGAUUACACAUCAUGUCCAAUGAUAACAUCAAAGUUGGUAAAGACCUAACUUCCUAGCUGUUCAAUGCUAGUACUAGACUUUUUUCUAAAAAAGACUUCUUGGGUUUUCAAGCUUAUAUCCAUGAAAGGUUUGUCCUAUUCUUUUUGUGAAAAAGUUCCAAAUGUUACUUAAACUGCAUUAUUUAAUAGUGAAACCUUUUAAAAAUACUUCAAAGAGCUUUGACCUUUUUAAAAGCUGUGACCCAAGCAAUCUACUCACCCCCGCCCCCCAUUUUUGAAAUCAUCUUACAGUUUUCCUAAGAAUUGUAAGUAAAGUUAGAAUUCAUUUAUUUGGGACCAUAAGUUCUGUUUUUUUUUCCCCCUGUGUAUAAGGCCCGUAUAAACAAAAGUAUGCUUAAGGUUUUUAGUUUAAGUUAAAAGAAUCACUACUAACAGGAAACAUGUGACUUUGAAAACCAAAUAAUAAGUUAAAGGGAAAUGUUUCAGUUUGGAAGUAAUUUUUCAUAGCUACAAAUCUUCAUCUAAGAUGGCCUUCAUCCAUCUUGCCUCUAGGUUUCUUCCAGUAUAAACCAAAACCAAACCUGUUGCCGUCAAGUUGAUUCUGACUCAUAGCAAUCAUAUAGGACAGAGUAGAACUGCCACAUCUCCCUCCCAUGGAGGGGCUGGUGGAUUCAAACCGCUGACCUUGCCAUUAGCUGUAGCUGAGCGCUUUAAGCACUGCGCCACCAGGGCUCCUUUUCUAGUAUAAAGACAAUAUAUGCUUGGAGAAUGCAAAAGCAUUUUAAUCUUAAAAACUCAAAAUGCAAAUUUAAAUCUGCUUCUAAAACAGCGUGUAGUAUAUUUUAGAGGCAAAAAGAAAUUUUUUUAUUGUUCAUAGUGCUGUUACCCUAUAUUAGUACAAUUAAUCUGAAAUCGGCUCUACUUUUUCAAACUUUCAGAUAUUAAUUUUAAACCGUUUUUUCCUAACAAAUUGCUUUUAUAUAAUUCUCAUUGUUAACAUAGGAGAGUUUUGUAAUCUAAUUAAAAUUUUGUCACUUAGUUUAGUUUUUAAACAUUUGUGGAUUAGAAAUUCAAUAUUUUGUAGUGUAAGAAGGGAAACUGGCUUUGUACUUCUUUAUAUUCUGUAAAAUGAAACUAUUUUCCAAAACUUAAGAACAUUUCAUUUUCUCCUUAAAAUCUAGACCAUUAUAUCACCUUACUCUCUUUUGUAUCCUAUAUUCAAUAACUGUUAUGUUGUUGGGUGCCAUCAAGUCAAUUUUCGACUCAUAGCGACCCUAUGUGAUGGUAGAACUGCCCUAUAGGGUUUUCUAGGCUUUAAUUUUUAAUCUUUAAGGGGGCAGAUCAUCAGGUCUUUUCUCCCACAGCAUCACUGGUGGGUUUGUACCACCAAUCUUUUAGUUAACAGCUAAGCACUUAACCGUUGUGCCACCAGGACUCCUUGUUUGCCAGAAUCUUUCUAAUUCAAAGUAGUUGCAUUGUGAAUUUUACUUUAUCUUUGCAUACGUGGACGGCUUGCCUGAUAAAGUAAGGAUACUAUAUGUAGACUGAUACAAAAUUGUAUAAUUGUUGUACCAUAUGUUUUUAGUAUUGAUUAGCUCUGACCAUUAAAUGAUUUAGAGUAUGAUAGUAAUGAAAUUAUAGAAUCAGACAUUUAGGUCUAGCAGAUCUUUAAAAAAGCUUUGCAUCCAUCCUCAAGAAUUAACACACAAAGUGGACAAAGGGAGUUUGUGAUGAAAGUUCAUACAGAUAGUUAGUGGUAUUGUAUGAGUUCUAGUGCUGUUCUAGGUAGUAAAUUUUACGUAAAUAACUUUCAGGAUCACAUACUACAGACAGUAUAUAUCCCUCAUUCCAUGUACAGUAAAACCUGGGAAAGCUGGAACCUGUGUAACGUGCAAACCUAUCACUGAAGGAAAACUCAACUCUUUUCCACUAAUAGAGAGUGAUAGAAAGGUGGUAAGACUGCACCCUGUCAAAGGCGGAAAACGAGAAACCUGGAAAAACAAGGCUGUCCCAUCCAGUUCUGACUGUCACAGAUUUCACUGUAUUAAGUUCAGGACUCUGAUUCUGAUACAUAUAUCAAAAUAUAUAUAUACUUUUGAUUUUAAUACUUCCAGGUACUUGGUAAACUGUUCAUAUUAUAUGAAGUCAAAUGCAUGUUGCAAUGAAUAUAUCUGAAGGAAUGCCAGAUGAGAGGGUGGAUGACCAAAAUUUUGUGUUUGGGAUUUUUUUCUUUUAUUUUCAAGAGAUAUCCUACUAUUUGAUACAAUCUUUUCUGAAUAAAAGGAUAACAUCUUGUUUCUCAAUAAAAAUCAGAGAUGGAAAUUACACAACAUUUAAACUCUAAUUAAACUAGAAUUUGGUAACAUCUGCAAAAUUUUAUACUGUCCUCAGAAAUAAACCUGAUCCAAACAUUAGUACCAAAUUCAUUUUCAUAUUUCCAUCCCCCCAUGACAAUGUAUGUUUUCCCUUUUACUGUUAAUGCUUUUUGUUAAUGUGGAAAGAAACGAUUAGUUUUCAUUUAAUUGAUUUUUUUUGUUGUUGCCUUUUCAUAUAUAAAGGCACUUGUGGGCACUGUGUCAUGAGCUAUAUAAAAUAUGGUUUAAGGUGUGGUUCCUUGCCAAAUAUUUGUAUUUUAGAAGGGGAAAAUCAUAACUCUGCAAGGCAGAAGAAAUGAGUGCCUAUUAACAGGAAUACCUUUUCAAUCAGGGUGUAGGCAAAAUUUUCUGUAUUCAAAUUUCAUUGAGUAGAUUUUUUUAAUAAAGUUUUUUUUCUUUAAAUAUUGUGAUGUUUUUCAGGCAGAGGUGAUUAUUGUAUUAUGCUUGGUCUACAGCAUGAUGUAUUUCUGUGACAGCUGAUCUGCCUUUCAAGCAGAUGUAUGUAAAAUUAACUGGUUCUUCUUGGUCCUUAUAGCCCUUAGUUUAUCUAGCCCUGUCUAGCUCUUAUUCUGUAAUUCCAAAGACAAUGAAUUCUUAGCACAUUUUUGCCAGUUAUUGUCUAGGGCAUACCAGUGUUUUCAAAGGACCAUGUAUCACUUCCAUUCUAAAUGUGCAGCUCUGUUUUACUCCACCUUAUGUGAAUCCUCUAAACCAUAUUUUUAUUUAAGUCCUAGGAAACUAUGUAUUUUAGUGACAAAGAUCAUCAGUACCACUUUUACUACUGCAGCUGUUUUAAGAAUUAUGUGAUGAUGUUGCCAUAUUUAAUUGGUAAUUAUUUCUUUUGAGUAAUCUUGGCUAUAACUUAACAGCAUGUACAAAAAUGUAGUAUCAGAAUGUAAAAUUACAAGUAUGUGAGUAACUGAAACCUCUCAAGUUAGAAGUAUAGUGUGUAAUCAGUAAUUGUGUGAAUCACUUCAUGAUUGUGCAUUAUUGUAUAUAAAAAAAAAAUCUAUUUCCCUUAAAAUUAGAGAAGUUUGAUGUGGAAAAAGUAAAAUGUAAUGCAUACCAGGAAUGUUCAUCCUUGAGUUUUUAUUCAGUCCUGAGUAGAUAGCAAAAGUAAAAACUUUAAAAACUAAAUCCUUCUUGAUAAUUUUAUAAGCUAAUGUGAUUGAAAAGUCAGUUAUGGAGAUAAGCACAACUAAACCAGCAGCUGUUUCCUACUAAGUUGUAUACAAGUAAAUUAACUAACCAUAUUGGGUGGUUCACUCCAUGACUGUUUUCUUCUAAUAUAUCAAGUAUUCCUAUACCUUCUGCAUUGAUUAAUCACCAUAGAAGGAAGACUAAAAAUUUAAUUCUUCUACACUCCAGACACAUCUUCCACUUUUGUAGGGGGUAAAACUAAUCACUGACAGCUUCAGCCUACUUACCUUAAAGGAAAAAGUAGGAAAGGUGUAGGACUGAAAAGAAUUACGAUAUAUUUUGGGUUGUUAAUCAUAGCCAUUUUUAAUUACUUGAUUGAUUCCCCCCCCGCCCCCGCAAGAACAGUAUUCUAAUUGUGGAAGAGCAAAGCCUCAGCUAUCUCAUAUGCAGGCUUCCAGAGCCCGUAGAUGUGUGGAAUGGUUUAUAUACAGGAUUUCCACCCACACCCACCCCUCUUCUCUCCUAGGAAGGUUUUUGGCAGCACAGAAUUCUUUUAAUUAUUGGUGACUCAAUAUUAGGGAUAAUAGCCAAGAAGAUUGAAUAGGGGGGGUUAUUACAUGGAAGGUUUCUGAUUGAUGAUAUCUAUAAAAGGCAAAGCUAUGAAGGGAACAAGUUGAUAUUCUUUAUCAAAAAACAGAAGAAUCGUUAGAAGUGACGCAUUAAACCUGUUACCAUCGAGUCAAUUCUGACUUAUAGCAACCCUAUAGGACAGAGUAGAACUGCCCCCACAGGGUUUCUAAAGAGCAGCUGGUGGAUUCGAACUGCUGACCUUCUGGUUAGCAGCCAAAUGCUUAACCGCUGCACUACCAGGGCCCCAUUAGAAGUAUCAAAAGUAAGUGGUCUACAAGAAGAUGAAAAAAGUAGCCUAGAAAUAAACAGACAACUCUUGCUGACCUCGGCUAAUCCCAAGCCUACUGCCAUCGAGUCGAUUCCAACUCAUAGCGACCCUAUAGGACAGAGUAGAACUGCCCCAUAGAGUUUCCAGGGAGCACUUGGUGGAUUCGAACUGCUAACCUUUUGGUUAGCAGCCGUAGCUCUUAACCACUAUGCUACCAGGGUUUCCUCUGGGCUAAUGGACCCCUACAUAUCACUACUUUAGGCAUUAAAGACACUAAUACAGCCCACUUUGUUUAUACCAAAAAAAAAAAAAACACCCAUUGCUGUCAAGUCUAUUCUGUACAUACCAGCAAACAAUGUCUUUAGGAGGCUAGGUAGGCGUUCACAGGGACAAUAGUCCUAUAACAUGCUAAUCAUGUACUUCUAUGUCCCAUGCCAUACACAAUAUGCUCCUGUGAAAAAAAAUCUAAAAAUUAAAAUAGUACUAUCUAAAAAUGUAGCGAGAUGGAUUAACAUAGUAGCUGCAACAAUGGGCUCAAGCACGUUUAGGAUUGUGAGGAUGGUGCAGGACUGGGCAGGGUUUCAUUCUGUUGUACAUACGGUUGCUAUGAGCCAGAACUGAUUCAACUGCACCAAACAACAACAACAAAAAUACAGGUAUGCGAGGACAGGUGAAAAAUGUUUUAGGAUCACUUCUCUUGACAACCCAUUUACACAAAACCAAAAGGUUUUAUCUGAGCAAGAACACAAAUGUAUUUGUCCCCCUUUACAUGUGAAUGGCAUGCACAUAAAAAAGGAAGAACUCUUAUAAAGAAUUCUAAAGCUGGAUAUGACAAAAUCUUGAUUAAUACGAGUGAGCAGAUUGAAGCCCAUCUAGUAAAUUUUUUUUUUUUAGUAAAUUUAAAUUAAACGUGUUAAUGCAAAAUAUAACAAAGAAAAAGAACACAGCCCCCAACAACGUUAAAGAAUUAGCUAUCUUCAUAUUUCACUUUUGGGGAUUGUCACUCACCAGAGACAUUUGGCAAUUGAUGUCAAAGCUUACCUGAUGAGGGAGUUAAUCAGCUCUCUCUAAAAAAAAAAAAGUGUGUUAAAAUUCUCAAAACUGAAAGAACCAAGUGGUGUCUUGCUCAGAUGUCUUUGCUUCCCCGUCUUCCUCCCCCCAGGUUUGAUUCUAUAAGUGCAAGUAUUCAAAGCAAUACAAGAUGAAAUAAAGGUGAAUGUAUGGAAAUACUGAGCUUGGACUUUCAAAGGAAUUUUAGGAUAGUAGGACAGGCAUACCAAAAUGCUUUGUGGUUUUAACAAGCACCCUGAAUUUUUUUAUGGAAAACUACAAGUGCUAUGAAUGUACAGUAUAAUUUUUUUUAUUAUAUUCAGAAAAGCGUAUCUACCUUUUCCUCAAAUCAGUAUUUUUAAAUCUGUUCAUAGAAUUUAAAUUUUCAAAAGAUAGCUUCCAGAGCAUUUCUGGAAAUUUUAUUUAAACCAGUUAGUAUGAGAAGGUGAUAGAGACAAUGGUAAAUAUUUACCACCACAAAAACAAGGCAAAACCCCCCUUUACGGAGUAGAAACAGCAAAACUGGAAUUUAUGUUUGAUUUUUUUUUAAUGGAUUUAACCAGUUAGCUUUUUAAAGUUAGUAGUACUUUGUAGCCAGUCUUCUUAAACUUCAUUAAGUCUUUAUCUGCCUUCACAUAAUUUUUAUGAGAAAUAGCACCGAUUCAAAUUUAGCGGGAGCUUUUUUUUUUUUUUGUAUGCUGCCUAAGAACUCUACCAGCUUAUUUGAAGUCAAGUGACAAUAAGUACAGAUUUUCUUAGGCUUUUGUAAGAUUCUUAAAUGCAUGUGAGAUAUCACUGAAUAGAAUUGUGUGGUGCUGACAGUUUUCAAAAGGCUUUCCAUCUUUUUCAUCUUUUGUUUGACAGUUGAAGAUCACAAAACCAAAUGCAGAAUUGUCAGAACUUGCCCAGAGACAAACAAUAAAAGCAUAAGAAAGUAAGCCAAUAGGAUUUCAGAGACUUUGACAACAAACUUAGGCUGCUAACAGGUUUACUCCUGUACUCACACUUUUAUAUCUGAUGUAAUUGCAUACAUAAAUACAUAGGAAUAUGAAUGAACUAUGAGAAAUAAGAUUUUGGAAUCUGCCAUGCAGUGGCUUUUACAUGGAGUUUUUCCUACUCUUUUAAAUGCAGUAUAUUGUUUUUCAAAAUGUGACCUUGUAUAAGUGAGUCAUUAAUAUUUAGAAGUAUAAAAUAAGCCAAAUGUUAGAGGCAAAUUGAUAAAACUGAUUAAUUCCUCUGAUAAAACUAUGACUUUUCAAAGAUGAUUAGUUAUUAACUACUAAACUUUUUUUCCAACUUUUUUAUAGUAUUACACAAAACGAACAGCGCAUAUUUAAAAUAUACCAUUUGAUAACGUGACAAAUGUAUAUGCCUGUGAAAUCAUAAUCACAAGACAUAAUGUACAUAUAAUCACCCCCAAAAGAUUCCUCAUGCCAUUCCUCCCUCCCCAGGCAAGCACUGAUCACCAUAGAAGAGUUUACAUCUUUUAUAAUUCUAUGUAAGUGGAAUCAUAUGUAUUUUUUUCUUGUUCGUUUUCACUUGGCAUAAUUAUUUGCAGAUUUAUCCAUGUUGUUUCAGGUAUCAACAGUGUAUUCCUUUUAUUGCUAACUAGUAUUUCUUUGUACAAUUUGUUUAUCCUUUUACCUGUUGAUGGGCUUUGGAGUUGUUUCCAGUUUUGGGCUAUUACAAAUAAAGUUACUAUGAACAGUCCUGUACAAGUCUUUGUAUACACAGAUGGUUUCCUUUUGGGGGGGUAAAUACCUAUGAGUGGAAUGUCUGGUUCAUAUGUUUAACUUUUUGAAAAAUUUACAAAAUGUUUUCCAAAGUGGUUGUGCCCUUUUAUAUUCCUUUCAGCAGUUUAUGAGGGUCCUAGGUGUUCUACAUCCUCAGUAACACACUUGAUGUGGUCAGUUAAAUUUUAAAUAUUCUUAUACAUAUGUACUGCUAUCUCAUUUUAGUUUGUAUUUCCCUAAUAAUUAAUUAUGUCGAGCAUCAUUUUAUGUGCUUUUUUGCCACUGUGUAUAUUCUUUGAUGAAGUGUUCAAAUUUUUUGUCCUUUUUUUUUUUCCUUUAUUGAGAUUUGAGAGUCCUUCAUAUAUUCUGGAUACAAGUUCUUUAUCAUAUAUAUAAUUUGCAAAUAUAUCCUCCCCAUCUUUGGCUUGUGUUUGCAAUGUCUUUCAAAGACCAGAAGUUCUCAAUUUUUAUGAAGUCCAAUUUAUCCAUUUUUUUUUUCCUCAUGCUUUUAAUCUUAUCUAAGAUAUCUUUGCCUAACCCAAGGGCACAAAGAUAUUCUCCUAAUUCAAAGUUUUAAAUUUAAGUCUGUAAUCCAUUUUGGGUUAAUUUUUAUAUGUACUCCAAGGUAUGGAUCAACUUUUAUAUGUACUCCAAUGUAUGGAUAAAAGUUCACUUUUUUGCACGAUUAUCUAAAUGUUCCAGCACCAUUUGUUGAAAAGGCUAUCCUCCGCUGAAUUGCCUUUACACAUUUUUCUAAAAUCAACAGUUCAACUGUUUUUUGAACUUUAUUCUCAUUUGUUUAUCUAUUUGUCUAUCUUUACACUAAUAUACUGUCUUGAUGAAUGUCACUUUAUGAUAACAUCUUAAGUUGAGGAAAAAUAAAACUUCCAACUUCAUCUUUUUCAAAGUUGUUUUGGGUAUUGUAGAUCCUUUGAUUUCCUUGUGCCUUUUAGAAUCAGCUUGUUGAUUCUCUAUGAAACAAUCUGCUGGGAUUUUGAUUGGUCUUGUGUUAGAACUGUUGAUCAAAUUUGUGGAGAAUUGACACUUAACAGUUUUAAUGUUGAGUCUUCUGAUCCAUAAAGACAAGUAUAUCCAUUUCUUAGGUCUUUUAAGUAUUUUAAGUAUUUCAAAUUUUUUGAUACAAUUGUUCAUUGCUACUAUAUACAAAUACAAUUGAUUUUUACACUUUGUCUCCUGAAACCUUCCAAACUCAUUCUAGUAGCUGUUUCGUAGUUCCAUAGUCUUUUCUACAUAAUCAUAUCAUCUGGAAAUAAAGACAGUUAUAAUUCUUGUCCAUUCUAGAUAAUUUUUAUCUAUUUUUUAUUUUUUUGAGGGCCUUAUUGCCCUGGGUCAAAUCCGAUCUGCUACUUGUUUUUGUAAAUGGUUAUAUUCAAAACAUUUCCACACCAUUUAUAUAAUGUUCGUGUCUGCUUUCAUGCUACAGUAGCAGAGUUGAGUAGUUGUCCCAGAGAUCUAAUGACCUGCAAAACUAGCAACUCUAUAUAGAACAGAGUGAACUGCCCCAUAGUGUUUCCAAGGCUGUUCUACUCUGUUCUAUAGGGUCGCUAUGAGUCAGAAUCGACUCGACGGCACUGGGAUUUUUUUUUUUUUUUAAUCUUUACAUAAAUAAACUGCCAUAUCUUUCUCCCGCAGAGCAGCUGGUGGGUUCAAACUGCCAGCCUUUUGAUUAGCAGCCCAGUACUUGACCACUGUGUCACCAUGCUUCUUGAAUGACCUGCAAAGUCUAAGUUACUACCUCUCUAAAGAAUAAGUUGGACAAUUUCUCCCUUAUUGUGCUGGUUAGGGCCUUUAAUAAGAUGUUGAAGUGGUGAGAGAAUAUUCUUGCCUUGUUCAUAAUCUGAAGUGGAAAGCAUUCGAUCUUUCACUAUUAAGUAUAAUGUUAAAAAAAAAUUUUAUAAUGUUAGCUGUAGAUUUUUCGUAGAUGCCCUAUAUCAGAUGUAAGAAGUUCCUUCUAUUCCUAGUUUACCGAGGGUUUUGUUUUUAUUAAGAAUGAAUGUUAGUGGAUGAACCUUGAAAACAUACUAAGUGAAAUAAGUCAGAUAUAAAAGGACAAAUAUUUUAUGAUCCCACUAAUACAAAAUAUCUAGAAUAGGCAAAUGCACAGAGAAAAGUUUAUUAGUAGUGGCCAGGGGCUGUGAGGGAGGAGACAGGGAAUGGGUGUUACUGCUUAAAGAAUACCGGGGUGACGGAAAACUUUUGGAAAUAGUGAUGAUGGUUGCACAACAUGGUAAAUGUAAAUGUCUUAAAAAUGGUUAACAUGGUAAUUUUUGAUAUUUUUUUAUAUAUAUUUUACAGUAAACUGUAAAAGAAUAAAUGUUGGACUUUUUCAAAUGCUUUAUCAGCUCUAUUGAGAUGAUGGUUUGUCUUUUUGCUACGACUGCUAACCAAAAGGUCAGCAGUUCGAAUCUACCAGGUGCUCCUUGGAAACUCUAUGGGGCAGUUCUACUCUGUUCUGUAGGGUUGCUGUGAGUCAGAAUCGACUUGACAGCAAGGGGUUUGGGUAUUUUUUAACUUGUUAAUAUGGUGAAACCAACUUUGCAUUUUGAAAUACACUCCACUGGAGCCUGAUGUAUUUACCUUAUAUAUUAUUGGAUUUGACUUGGUAAAAUUUUGUUUAAGGUAUUUGUAUCUAUGUUCAUAAUGGAUUAAUUGGUUUGUAGUUUUCUUGUUACGUCUUUGGUUUUUGCAUCAGGAUAAUGGUCUCCUCAUAGAAUGAACUGGGAAGUAUUCCCUCUUAAAUUUUCCAGAAGAGAUUGUGCACACUAUUAUGUCUCCCUUAAAUGUUGUUGUCAUUGUUGUUUUUAGGUGUUAUUGAGUCGGUUCUUACUCAUAGUGAUCCCAGGUACAACAGAAGGAAACACUGCCCAGUUCUGCACCAUCCUUAAAAUCUUUGCUGUGUUUGAGCCCAUUAUUGCAGCCAGUGUCAAUCCAUCUCAUUGAGUGUCUUCCUCUUUUUUACAGACCCUCUACCAAGCAUGAUGUCUUUCUCCAGGGACUGGUCCAUUCUGAUAACAUGUCCAAAGUACAUGAGAUGUAGCCUCACCAUUCACGCUUCUAAGGGGCAUUCUGGCUGUACUUCUUCCAAAACAGAUUUGUUCAGCUGUUAACUGAAAGGCCAGAUGUUCAAACCCACCAGCCACUCCACAAGAGAAAGAUGUGGCAGUCUCCUUCUGUAAAGAUUACAGACUUGGAAACCCUGCAGGGCACUCCUACUCUGUCCAAUAGGGUUGCAAUGAGUUGGAAUCAACAGCAAUGGUUUUCUUCCUUAAAUAUUUGGUAGAAUUCACCAGUGAAACCAUCUGGACCUGUAGCUGUCUUUGUAGGAAAGUUUUUAAUCAUAAAUUCAUAUCCUUAAUAGGUAUAAAACCUGUUGCCAUCAAGUUGAUUCUGACAUAGAACAACCCUAUAGGACAGAGUAGAGCUGCCCCAUAGGGCUCCCAAGGAGCACCUGGUAGAUUCAAACUACAGACCUUUUGGUUAGCAGCUGAACUCUUAACUGCUAUGCCACUAAAAAAAAAAAAAAAUAGGGUUACCUUAAUAGAUAUUUAAAAAAAAAAAAAAAAGGUAGCACUUAACCACAGUGCCACCAGGGUUUUAAUAGAUAUAGGGCUAUUCGGUUACCUAUUUCUUUUUUUGAGCGAGCUUUGGUAGUUUGUGUCUUUCAAGGAAUUUGUCCAUUUCAUCUAAAUUGUUGAAUGUAUUAGUAUAAAGUUGUUCAUAAAUUUCCCUUAAUCAUUUUAAUAUCUGCAGAAUUUAUACUAUGUCAACUCUUUCAUUUCUGUUAUUUGUAAUUUGUGUCUUUUCUUUUACCUGAUCAGUCUGACUAGAGAUUUAUCAACUACUGUCUCAAAGAACGAACUUUUAGUUUUCAUCGAUUUUCUCCGUAAUUCCACUGUUUUCUAUUUCAUUGAUUUCCACUCUGAUCUUUAUUAUUUCUUUUCUGCUUACUUAGUGUUUCAUUUGCUCUUUUUUUAGUUACUCAAUGUGGCAUCGAGGUCAUUGAUUAGAUACUUUUCUAAUAUAGGUAUUGAGUGCUGUAAAUUUCCCUUUAAUUACUGCUUUAGCUGUAUCAUAAUUUUUUGUUAUAGCCCAUACAUUUUCACUUACAUUCAGAUCAAAAUCCUUUCUAAUUUCCCUUCUGAUUUUUUUUUUUUCUUUGACCAGUGGGUCAUUUAGAAAUGUCAUUUAUUUUCCAAAUGCUUGGGAAUUUUCCAGAAAUCUUUCUGUUACUGAUUUCUAACUUAAUUCCAUUGUGGUCAGAGAACAUACUUUGUAUGACUUGAAUCUUUUUAAAAUUAUUAAGAGUUAUUUUAUGGCUUUAAAAAAAAAAAAAACUGUUGCCCUCAAGUUGAUGCCUACUCAUAGCAACCCUACAGGACAGAGUAGUAGAACUGCCCCAUUGAGCCAAUUCUGACUCAUCUAGCAAUUUUUUUAAAUUUGUCCUAACUGUUCUUAUUCCCUUUUUCUUAUUUACUGCCAUAUUUUAGAUUAUUUUGUAUGACUCCAUUUUAUUUCCUUUAGUUUAUUAGCUAUACUUCUUUGUUAUAUGAUUUUAGUAGUAGCUUUAUGGUUUAUAAUAUACAUCUUUAACAUCACAGUCUAUCUACAAGUAAUAUUAUACUACCUCAUUUAAUAGUAUAAGAACCUUAAACAGUAUACUUCUGUUUCUUCCUUCCUGCCUUUGUGCUGUUAUCAUGUAUUUUACUUCUACAUAUGUUAUAAGCCCCAUAAUAUAUUAUUGCAUUUGCUUUAAGUAGCCAGCUGCAUUUUAAAGAGAUUUAAAUACUAAUAACUCAUAUUUACCCCUGUAGUUGCCAUUUCAAUAUUCUUCAUUUCCUAGUGUAGAUCCAGAUUUCCAUCCAGUAUCAUUUUCCUUCCACUUGAAAGGCACCCUUUAACAUUGUACUGCAGGUCUGCUGGUGAUGUAUUAUUUCAGUUUUUGCAUGUUUUCAAAAGUUUUAAUUCACAUUCAUUCUGAAGGAUAUUUUUCCUGAUGUAGAAUUCUAAGUUGACAGGUUGGUUUCUUCUGUUUUGUUUCUUACAGUACCUUAAAAAUGCUCUCGUGUCGUGGGGCUUGCAUUGUUUCUGAUAAGAAGUCCUCUGUUAUCUUUGUUGCUAAACAUGUAAUGUGCCUUUUUUCUCUGGCUGCUUUUAAGAUUUUCUUUGUCACUGGUUUAAAAAAAUUUAAUUGUAAUGUGGCUUAGUGUUGUUUUCUCCGUGUUUCUUGUGCUUGGGGUGCAUGGUACUUCUUGGAUCUAUGAGUUUUUAGCUUUCAUCAAAUAUGGAAAAUAUUCAACCAUUAUUUUUGCAAAUACAAUUCCUCUCCCCCACCACCCUCAGAUACUCAAAAUACAUGUAUACUGGGCCACCUGCUAUUGUUCCAUGUCUCACUGAUGCUCUUUUAAUUUUUUUUUUAGUCUUUGUGUUAUUUUUAUAGUUUCUAUUGCCAUCUUUGUGUUCACUAAUCUUAUCUUUUGCUAAUGUUUCCUUCUGUAGCGUCUAAUCUGCUGUUAGUCCCAUUCACUGCAAUUUUUUAUCUCAGACAUUGUACUUUUUACCUGUAGAAGUUAGAUUUGGGUCCUUUUUUAUAUCUUCCACAUCUUUACUUAACAUGUUCAGUCUUCCUUCUAGCACUUGAACAUAUGGAGUAUAGCUAUAACUGUUGUAAUAUUCUUGUCUACUAAUUCUGUGAUCUGUGGCAGUUUUGACUGGUUGAUCUUUCUCCUCAUUACGGAUCGUAUCUUCCCGCAUCUUUCGUCUGAUUAUUUUUGAUGGCUACCAGACAUUGUGAAUUUUAUCUUGUUAAUUUCUGGAUAUUUUUGUAUCCCUAUAAUAUUCUUGAAUUUUGUUCAGUAUAUAUUUAAAUUACUUGGAAAUAGAUUGAUCUUUCCAAGACUUGCUUCUAAUUGGUUAAGCCAAAUCAGAGCAGUGUUUAGUCAAGAUCUAAUUAUUUCCUCACUGUUGAGACAAAACCUUUCUGAGUACCCUACCAGAUGCCCCAUAAAUUAUGAGAUUUUUCUCUCUUGUUGAUGAAGACAAGAGCUCUUCUGGCUUGUUUGCACUUCAUGUAUUGUUCUCUCUAAACCUUUUAAGGUGUUUUGUUUUCUCUAGACUUGUGCAGUUUCCCUACAUGCAUACCUGAUCAGUAGUACUCAAUUGAAGACACAGGUGGCCCUCUGUAUAUCUCCAGAACUUUCUGUCUGUAUAGCUUUCUCCUCUCUGGCCACACUCUGCCUUGGGACCUCUAGAUUCCUUGGCUUUCCCAGAUUCCAUCUCCUUUUGGGUUUCCCCUUUCUACCCUGUGGUCUUGAAACCUCCUUCAGGCAGUGGCCUGUGGUCAGUCAUAGAAUUCACUUUGUUUCCUAUCUCUAAGGGAUCACUAUUGCCUGAUAUUCAGUGUCUUAAAAAGCCGGUUUUUUUCCCAUAUAUCACACAUGAUUUUUUAUUUUAGGUGAAAGGUAAAUCCAAUCCAUUACACCAUCUUGGUUGGAAGUGGAAGUAAAGUUCUGAAUUUAGAAUUGAACUAUUUUGAAACAGGAAAUACUUGAAUGAGCCCUUUGCAAAACCUGGUAGACAUAUGGAGUUUCACAAAGUACCAGAUCCAAAUCCCAAAGUUUGUCUGGCCAACUUAUAUUUUUAGUCAGUACCACUCUACUUAAUAAAAUCUACUUAAGUUACUCUAUUUAAUAGAAAUAGCUCUGCUAAUACUGAGAUAUUCAUAUUCAGAAUUAGUGGUUUCACACAGCCUAAAAAAAAUCUAAUUUUCCUUACUAAGACUCUUUAUAAUGGUCAACAAUAAUUGAUACUUUAAGCAUUUCAGUAGAAAUUCAUUCUUUAUGUCUAAAGGUAGUAUGAAAUAGUAAUCUUGUGGAAGCCACUCAGGAUUAAUAUAAAUUCAAGUGUAAUAUAAGGACUUCAGAGGAAAUUAAUAAAAAGGUCUAUUGAGUUGCUGAAAGAAUGAUCAUGUUAUAGUACAUAUUUCCUUUGAAAUCACUGUUAAAAAGAUUUAUCUGUAUUUAAAGUGAUUCCAUGAAACAAGAAAUAGUCCUCCAAGUAAAUGGCUGCUUUCUCUUUCUCAAGGCUUUUUUAUGUAAAAACCACAAUAGCUAACAAAUUAUUUAAGACCCAUAGAAACUUAUUGAAGCUAAAUAUUCAUUGAAUGACCUUCUAAGAGAAGAUAUAAAUAUACUUUUAUACCUUUUUUAUUCCCACAUGUUUACUUUAAAGCCUAUUGCUUUAGAUUGGAUCUAAUAGCUUAGGAGGUAUUUAGACACAUUUGACCACUUUUACUUUCUUGGUUCAUUUACUUAUUCAUACAAUGAUGAACACUGAAGUUAUAGCACCUCCCUAAAAGUGGGGUUUAAAAUAUGUUGAAAAAAAUAAAAACCUGUCCAAGAUCUCAACGUUCAACAGUCCAAACCAAAACCAAACCCAGUGCCGUCGAGUCGAUUCUGACUCGUAGAGACCUUAUAGGACAGAGUAGAACUGCCCCAUAGAGUUUCCAAGGAGCGCCUGGCAGAUUCGAACUGCAGACCCUUUGGUUAGCAGCCGUAGCACUUAACCACUAUGCCAUCAGGGUUUCCUGUUCAACAAUAGGAUCUAGAAUUUCAGGGGACCUACAAGAUGAGUUUAUUUUGUUCAACCUCUGAACACGUGAUUGGCAUAAUCAUUUAGAUGUACAAUCAUCCUGGGAAAGAGGAAACUAAUCAGUGUAUGCAUAGAUUGUUCUUUAAUAAAUAUAUUGCUCAUAGGGUUUAUAGAAUUUUUUUACUGCCAUGAAUAUUUUACCCCAUUAAAAAAAAAAAAAAAAAAAAAAAACAAAGAUGAUACCAUUCAUAAUUUUAAAGUAUGUAAUGUCUGGCACGAUCUUAGCCAGAGUCAUUUAUUGACUCUCCAUGGGUUAUUACUCAAUGUGCUCUACCCUCAAAGAACAAGCUUCCUGUGGUGACCAUACUAAAAGUUUUACAUUCAAAAAGCCCAGUGCCAACCUGGAAAAAGUGGUUAUAUUGAUGAGUAAUAAACUACACAUAUUGCAGAUUCUUAUAACUGCCUGAAUUUAUUUCAAAAUAUUGGCAAAGAAUCUGCAUUCUUAGCAGGAUACAUAUAUAUUUCUCUCCCAAUCAGGUAUUAAAAACACAUUGUGUACUUUUCAGAGAGUUGUAGCUGAGCUGCUGCACUAUGUCUUUUCAACAAUAUUUAAAUUUUGGAAUGUACUGAAGUUGUCUGAAAAGACUCAUUAUCCUGCUCUAUUUUCUCCUCCUAUACUUAAUAUAACCCCAGGGGACUGAACGAUUUAUUUUCAGAUACAUGGAGAAACGUGUGGUCUACUUUAAAGCUGUUUUUCCUCCAAAAAGUGAAUUUUAUUAAAUGAGGGAGAGGAUAGUUAAAUAGUUGUGAAGUCAUUGUUUUCAGCUGGACUUAGAGUAAAUUAUGUAUAUCAUUAGCACUUACUGAUGAAGCAUCAAAGUUUUAGCUUUAAAAAAGAGAGGAAGAACAAUAAACUUUAAAGCAUGCUGGUACUCUCACUAUUUAAUUUCAACUUCCUGGACAGUUAAAUGAAUUUUUGCAUUUGAAAUGCUUCCACAUGACUUUAAGGGCAAAAGAAUUAUGAAUUUGCCUAACAAAAUGUAGAAUUAAAUUUUUCACUUUUUUUUGUCAUUCAACAAGGCAGCCUUAAAAUUAAAUUAAAAAUGCCAUUUUAUAUACAUUUAUCAAUUCCAUGAUAAUGAGGAAGACUUAUUAACAACGUGCAGUAUGCAGAUGACACAACCUUGCUUGCUGAAAGUGAAGAGGACUUGAAGCACUUACUGAUGAAGACCAAAGACCACAGCCUUCAGUAUGGAUUACUCCUCACAUGAAGAAAACAAACAUUCUCACAACUGGACCAAUAAGCAACAUCAUGAUAAACAAAGACUGAAAUUGUCAAGGAUUUCAUUUUACUUGGAGCUACAAUCAAUGCCAUGGAAGCCCCAGUCAAGAAAUCAAACGAUGUAUCGCAUUGGGCAAAUCUGCUGCAAAAGGCCUCUUUAAAGUGUUAAGAAGCAAAGAUGAAACUUUGAGGACUAAGGUGCGCCUGACCCAAGCCAUGGUUUUAUCAAUCGCUUCAUGUGCAUGCUGGACAGUGAAUAAGGAAGACUGAAGAAGAAUUGAUGCCUUUGAAUAAUGGUGUUGGCAAAGAAUAUUGAAUAUACCAUAGACUGUCAGAAGAAUGAACAAAUCUAUCUUGGAAGUACAGCCAGAAGGCUCGUUAGAGGCAAUGAUGGUGAGAUUUCAUCUCAUGUACUUUGGACAUGUUAUCAAGAGGGACCAAUCCAUGGAGAAGAACAUCAUGCUUGGUAAAGGAUCUGCAAAAAAGAGAAAGACCAUCAACUAAAAGGAUUGACAUGGUGGCUGGAACAAUGGGCUCAAGCAUGGCAAUGAUUGUGAGGACAGCACAGGAGCAGGCAGUGUUUUGUUCUGUUGCACAUAGAGUCGCUAUGAGUUGCAAUUGACUGGACAGCACCUAACAACAACAAUCAAUUCCAUAGAGUAAUUCUAUGGUGGACCCAGCCUUUCCUGAGUGACUUUUACAUCUGUAUUUAAGUGAAACAGCGAGUCAUGGACUUUCCCACGACACUAAGAGAUCCGUCAAUAUGCCAUAUGGUUCUGAAUACACUGAGGGGCGGGGGGCAAACACUGCCCUCCCUACAGUCAAUUUUGACUCAUAGUGACACUAUAGGACAUAGCAGAACUGUCCCAUAGGGUUUACAAGGUUGUAAAUCUUUACGGAAGCAGACUGCUACAUCUUUCUCCCACGGAGCAGCUGGUAGGUUUGAACUGCCGACCUUUUGGUUAGCAGCAAAGUGCUUUAACCACUGCACCACCAGGGCUCCAUACACUGAGAGUACAGAGCUAAAUUAUGUUCCUUGAUCUUCAUGUCAUCACUGAUAAAUUGUGGAAGAAUCCUCAGCAUGAUAGUCAAGGGGAAGUUAUGUAGCAAGCAAUGACAUCAUUUUGUGCGUGUAUUAACCACUUCUGUCGAGUCGAUUCCGAUUCAUAGCAAACCUAUAGAACACAGCAGAACUGCUCCACAGAGUUUCCAAGGAGUGCCUAGCUGAUCUGAACUGCUGACCUCUUGGUUAGCAGCCAAAGCACUUAACCACUACACCACCAGAGUUUCAGUACAUGUAUUAGUUUACAGGAAAGUGAGUGACAGAAAAUGUAGACAGUUGAGUGAUCCACGUCACUUAUUGCUGUGUUCACCCUCUUGUAUCAAUACUCUCUAGUCCGGGGCUAAGUAUAUGUUUAUAAUACUCAGGCAUUUGUAUUCUCAAGGGAAAUGAUAACAAGCAGGAAACAAUUUAUGAAGUUGCCCUUUGAGCCCCUGACCGAUAGUUACUUUCAAACUCACCAUUCCAUGUGGGCAGUUGGUAAUUUUGAGCGGGUUCAAGAUGAUCAAGUAAUUAUAGAACUUUAUAUUAACCUCAUUUGGUAUUUAUAAUUUGAAGGUUUUCUAGCCUCUUUGCCAUCUAUGAUUAUUCUCUAUCUCUUGGCAAUCUCAUUCACUUUUCAUGAUUUUUGUAAUCACUUCCAUAUGGACAGCUGUAUCUCCAGCCUCACAUUCCCAAUAAACUACUGCUCAUUUCAACAUGAAUAUUCUGCUAGUACAUCAUUCCAAACUAAAGUCAUCGAACUUUUUUUCCUAAGUAUUUUCUUCCUCUUCCCCUCCCCCGCCCCCGCCCAGUUAAUGAGACAUUAUUAUCUAGCGACUUGAACUAAUGCCACCAGGGUGCCAUAAGAUUUGGAAAAUAUAGAAAAAAUAAAAACCACACAAGCCCCCACAAUUCAUAAGUAUCCAGUUAAUACGUUUUCUCCAUUAUGAUUAUUGGGUUGUUGUUUUUUGUUAUGCAACAUUAUAGCUUAAAUGUUUUCCUGUCUUAAAAACUAUAUUUACAUCAUUUUAAUGGGUUGAGUGGCAGAAACAAGUUUCUUUUUCAUGAAGCUAUGCCUAAAUUCCUAAAAUAUUUAUAUAGUUUGUACAUAUGUAAAUAUAUAUUUAAAUUUAUAUUUUAUUAUAAAUGUUGUCAUGAAAAUGAAACAUUAAAAUUAAUUGUUGGGCAUUUAAAAGUACUUUGAGGGAAUUUUUAAAACUAUUUGGGUGCUGUUAAUUAUUAAAUUUAGAUUUUAUUUUCCUUUAUGUGGGGUUCAAACCCUGUAAAGUUGAGGAGAAAUAACAGUCACGUGUAGAAGCAGUUGUAGUAAUGAUGGUGGUGAUGAUGAUGAUGAUGAUAGCACUUUAUAUCUACUGAUUACUAUGUGCCAGGCAUCUUGCUAAAUUCUUUACAUGUAAAUUUCAUUUAGUUCUCACAACCCUGUGAGCUAGGUAUGAUUAUUAUUAUCUUCAUUUUACAUAAAAGGUAAAUGAGGCCCAAAGAGAUCAAUAAAAUUUCCCAAGACCACAUAGGGUCAGAAGCAGAAUUCAAAUCUCAUUUGACCUUAGAGAGUUUUGCUAAUAGCAUUAUUUUAUGAAUAGUUCUUUAUUCCUAAUCUUAGCUAGUAUUCUGUGGGGCUAUUGUAAUUACUAAUAUAAAAAUCAGCAUUACUAUGAUUUAAUUAGAAGAAUAUCUGAGUCUGUUCAACUACUCACUUCUGGGAAAUGGAUCUGCAAGAUGAGUUAAUUGAACCAAGGCACAGCAGGUCUAUUCAGAAUGAAUACCAGACCCUGGGACCAAAAUGCUUGUGCAAUGAUACAGUGAACUCAUAAAACAAGCAGAUUAGCCAUUUAAUGAAUCCAUUUUUUACACUUCUAGAUCAACUCAUUCCUUCCUUCUCAGUAUGACAUUAUCCUCACAGUAGCCUUUAUAAUGAGAACUUUUUAUAGAGUGACCAAAACUCUCCCAUCAAUAAUAUGCUGUUACUGUACAUAGUGUUAACUAUGUAAAGGAGAACUCAUUGCUACAGAGAGCACUAUAGGAGCCGGGAUCAGUAUAAAAACUGGCUUACCUACGUAGCGACUACUCUAGUUCGUUCAGUCAAACGUGAAGAAAAAAUUAGUCAAAUCCCCAUGGUUUUGUUCCUUUGUUAAUCAUCUCAACUUACUGCUUUCAUUUAUUCAACAAACUCUUAUACAGCUACUUCAUGCCAAUCACUAUCCUAGGUACUGGCAGAAUUGACUCGACAGCAAUGGACUCGGAGAUAACAGAGGUUAAAUAAAAAAAAAAAAAAACUAUCCUCAGGAGGCCA